AUGGAUGUCGAAGAGUCGCCCUGGGCUGAUGCCAGCCAGAAAACCACUUCGGAUGCCUCCGACAAGCCGCCCACCCAAGCUUCCCCAGCUUCGCCCAAUCCCUCACAGCCGUCCUCCGCCCCUCGCCCUUCCCGUGGCCCUCGACGUCUCAUUGCCCAGCCUACACGCCUUGAAGCUGUAGAAGAUCCCCUCGGUCCGUUGAGCGCCUCCAACAACGACGGUGGCGCUCUCAGCGAUGCGCCGCCCGCCCCCCCGCAAAAGGAGCAGAUGGUGAUUCGAACCACCAUGGGUGCAGCUUCCCAGCAGCCCCAAGCCCGGCAACCGCUGGAUCCUCAUGGCUUCCCGGACGACGGACCUGAUACUGGUGUAGCCGCCGCCGCAGCCGCUGCUGCUCGAGGACCCCGUGUUCCUCCUCCCGUGGAUGCCGCCCAGCCGACAGGCUUGCAGACCACCGUUCCCCCGAGCGUCAGCGUUGAGCAGGCGUCCAAGCCUACCUUCCAUAUUACCGUGGGUGACCCCGUCAAGAUUGGCGACUUGACGAGCUCCCAUAUUGUCUACUCGGUCCGAACGCAGACUACAUCCCGAGCGUACAAGCAACAAGAAUUCGAAGUCAAGCGAAGAUACAGAGACUUCCUCUGGCUCUACAACACACUACAUGGCAACAACCCGGGCUUCGUGGUGCCCCCUCCACCAGAGAAGCAGGCUGUUGGUCGAUUUGAUACCAACUUUGUCGAGGCUCGACGUGCGGCCCUCGAAAAGAUGCUCAACAAGACGGCGGCACACCCGCAGCUACAGCACGAUCCCGAUCUCAAGCUCUUCUUGGAGAGCGAUUCGUUCAACGUCGAUAUUAAGCACAAGGAGCGACGCGACCCGUUGCCUGUCGAGAGCAAGGGCAUGUUUGGAUCGCUGGGUCUGGGCGUUGGUAGUAGCAACAAGUUUGUCGAGCAGGACGACUGGUUCCACGACCGCAAGAUCUAUCUCGACGCCCUGGAGAACCAGCUGCGGGGCUUGCUCAAGGCCAUGGAGACCAUGGUCAGCCAACGCAAGAUGAUGGCUGAAGGAGCCGCCGAAUUCUCUGCCUCGCUGCAUGCCCUGUCCACUGUAGAGCUGUCGCCGUCGCUGACUGGCCCUCUGGACGCCUUGUCCGACCUACAGCUAACUAUCCGUGAUGUCUACGACCGCCAGGCGCAACAAGACGUCCUAACCUUUGGCAUCAUCAUCGAGGAAUACAUCCGCCUCAUUGGCUCGGUGAAGCAGGCGUUUAGUCAACGCCAAAAGGGCUUCCAUGCUUGGCAUGCCGCUGAGUCGGAGCUUCAGAAGAAAAAGGCCACACAGGACAAGCUGCUGCGCCAGGGUAAGAGUCAGCAAGACCGUCUGCAUCAAAUGGACGGCGAGGUAGCCGAGGCUGAGCGCAAGGUGCACCAAGCGCGACUGCUCUUUGACGAUAUGGGCAAGUGUAUGCGUACGGAGUUGGACCGUUUCGAAAAGGAAAAGGUGGAGGACUUUAAGAGCGGAGUUGAGACAUUCCUUGAAGGCGCUGUUGAGGCACAGAAGGAGCUCAUUGAAAAAUGGGAGACAUUCCUGAUGCAGCUAGACGCCGAGGACGACGCAUCUGCCUUUUAUAAGCCUCCCGUGGAGGAGUCUUCGCAGCCCAAGCCCCCAGGCAACACGGCCAUUGACCGUGCCAGGGCUGGGCUUGACGACGAUUCCGACUAA